AUGGGGUUGUGGAGGAUAUGUCUUCCAUUGUCGUUGAAUUUUAUCGCGUUUGCUUUCCUGUGGUGGAAACACAGAAAAGCGCUUAAGGCUAAACCUGCUGUAUUUAAGAAAAUUGGCCAUGUAGCUGGUCUAUUUAUUUAUCCGGUGAAGUCUUGCAGGGGUAUCUCCUUAGAAGCUUCAAACUGCCUCAUAGAAGGAUUGCAAAAUGACAGGUAUAGUGCAAUUUGUUAGUUACAAUGUUUUUGUGAAACAUAUAAGAGGUAUGUCUCAAGUCUUCCAGUAUAUAUAUUGCAGAGAAGUUACAAGAGCUAGGUUGGGACACAUUAUUCAGAACAAAAUUUUUCAGAGGAUGAUUUUCCGGUGUACUUUGACUUAUCGAUCUGAGGAUUGCACAGGCUGUCUGGCAAACAGAACAGAAUCUUCAAAGCACUUUUCCACCAGACGCGGAUCCACACUGGCUUCGACAGUUUUUUUAAUCGGUCAGAUUUUUCAUGAUCAACAGGGGGGUAGUCAGCUUUUCGUCUAGUUGUAGGCCUGGCGGACUUAUAUUACCACAUAUUGCAUGCAUGACUAGUACUGUACUAGCGCGCACAAACACUCACAAACACACUCUCCAUCUCUUUAUUACGAGCGGGAGAGUAUGGCGUGCGAUUUAAAUUUUGAACUUGGACACUUGAAUUUUAUAGUCGACUUCAAAAUUUUACACUCUUCCUUUAGAAUUUAUUCAUUGGAAAACGUUUUUACUCUUGUCUUUUAGCUUUUGAUCUGAACUUUUUUAUAUGACCCAGCUGUAUGACCUUGCUCGCCGUACAUUUUUAACUCGAUGCAAUUUUCAACACGACGAACAAAUUUUUAUACACUGCUACUUUUUAUUACUUUUGAUGCCUGAACCACUACACUACAUUUGUCCGAGAUAAGAACUUCGUAUUCGAUACUCGGCGUAUGUCGCAAGUCAUCGCGACAUAUUUCAAACUCAGCCUCUUCAAAAAGGGUUGCUUUCAUUGGUAUUGCACAUCGGGCAUUUGAGUGGAGUGCCUGUUAACCCGGUGGAGGCGGGGGGGGAACUCCUAAGAAUUCUUGGUGGAAGUGUGCUGCUACCUGGUUCUCCAAAUCCUGACCCUAUUUCAGACCAAAAAAUAUAAUUUUCCAUACCCGUUUUCAAAACUGGCCUUUAAGACCAGGUCCUCCUUAUCUCAGGGUCUGGAUGACCAUCCCCCCCUCUUAUCUGAAGGUCUGAAUCUGCCACUGUGCAGGUCAGGUGUGGAACCAGGUUGUCGUUGGUAGCAAUGUUAGUCCGCAGAACAGGCAUUAUUUUUGUUUUGUUUUUUUUAGGUAAGUAAAGGAAACUGCAAAACAGGCAUAGGAGGAGGAAGACACUGUUUUUCAUGCCCUCCUUCAAUGCAUGUGUCUCGUUCCGUGAUUGUUUGGUGCUUUUCAAUGUCUUUGCUUGUCUAUUAAAAAUGUGAAAAAAUAACACCUGUUCUGCUGCUAACCUGCAAUUAAAACCCUCCAAUUUUACAUUGUAAUUUACAUUACAAUAUAGCAAAAAAAAUUUAAAAAAAUAAUGCCUGAUCUCAGGUUAAUUACAAUAUAGUCAUUAAAACCUCCUUGUAACAAACUCUAUAUUAAGUCCUCACCAAAAAGUGAAAGAUUACCCCAGUUGUAGUAAAAUUAUAUAUGGAAAAGAACUGCCAGUCAAAUAAAACCUGGGCUUGUUAAUUGUGGCGAACAUAAUUUCCAGCCCAUCGGCCAUUUGUUAGUUUGAGGUUCCAACUGUACUCAAAGGUUAUUGCACUGCUUCAGUAUUCAUUAGGCUGAAGUAUUCCCUUUUUUUCCUCCCAGGCGUUGGAUUGUGGUGGACAAAAAUGGUCAGUACAUUAAAUCAUACGUAAAGCCAGUGUUAUCUCAAGUAACUCCACAUUUUGAAGGUGAUCAACUUUGUCUUGAUGCUCCAGGCAAGGAAACCCUGAAGUUGAACAGACAGUUGGAUGCUAACGAAUAUAAAGAUCUUCGGUACAGUGAUUUAUUAAGCUAUAUAAAAAGCGGUCAUUUUCUUACAACUUUUCAUGCUAUCUUAACCUACUCACGUUUUCCCAGACCAAAAUCUAUAUACCAGAUCUCCUGUAACAAGUAUUUAUAAAUAUUUGUCAUGAUCAUGCAGGUCUAUUGACUAAAACGUUCUGUUAAAAGUUACUUGAACUGAAGAUGCUAUAGGCUGAUCAUUGUUUCAAAAUUCUUAUUAUAAUUGCCCUGGUCACAUUGCAUCACUGUUCACUCUUGCUGGCAGUUCACUCAAAAACUUACAGUAUUACCCCUUUAAAAUUUCACAAUCAAUUUUCAGAACUGUUUACUAUUAAGUUACCUACAUAUUCAGAUCAGACAAAUGUUUAGUGACAUAUUAAGCUUUCUGAUAUUUUCUUUGGUAAUUAUUUCCAAAAUUAAUAGGUAAAUUUGGAAAUUUUAUUCAGUAAUUAAGCUUUAAUUUGCUGUACUGAUUGAUUGCACACAUAUCUCCAUAGAUGUCUUUCCAUUAGGUUAAUUUGGAAACCCUACAGUUUUAAGGUUGGGUUCUUUUGAAAGAACAGAACCUUUAAAAAGACUACAUGUGGUUUCAAGUCCCCCUCUCGAGGACUCAAUUACAUUUUGAAGUCCGGCCUUCAUUAAUCUUUUUACAAACUGGAAAAAAAAAAUAUCUCUAUCUCCUCUUAUCUGAACCAAAUACAUGAUCUUAAUGGUAACAUGAGUUACACUGUCAUGUCUGAUUUUCAAUUACCAGGGUGCUAAGGAUUUCAUCCAUUUCUCAAUAUGCUGGUGAUGAAGCGGCAGCUUGGUUUUCAACUUUGUUGAAUGUUCCAGGCUGUAAAAUGUACCAGAUUCAUGAACCUCGUUAUGGCAGUGAAGACAAAAGAUGGGGAGAGUACGCCCUACCGGGAGACAAGGUAUUAGAACCAUUAGGACAAGGGCGUGGCUUUUCCUUUGGGGGUCCAGAGGACAGGUGUUUUAAACUAAAGUAGUACCGAAGUAGAUUAUAAUGAGGCUAGAGGAAAUUGCUAUAAUUGGCGAUAAAAUUGUUGAGACACUUCUUGGGUAACUUCGGAGAACAACACAAUCCACACCCUCCCCCCUACAGUCCAUUCAAAGUUGUGAUGCUUUUUGCUUCCUACAGGUAGCUCUGACAGCUGCACAAUAUUGCAUAAAAAGCCUCUUUUCUUAAGAUACUAAUAUCCACUAGGAUGUUAACUCAGUAAGGCUUCAGCUGGGUACAAAAUUAGUUGAGACACUUUGCCCUAAAGGACCCCUCUGGAAUACUGCAGACUUCAAAAGGGGGAAAUUAUGAUUUUCCUCAUUGUGUUUUAUAGACAGGAUAUGCAGCAGAAACUGCAUAUCUCAUGACAACAGAAGCAUCAUUAGUUGCUCUGAAUGAAGCGUUACCAUCUCCAGUUGGAAUGGACAGAUUCCGUCCUAACAUUGUUAUAGGUGGCACAGAACCCUUUGCAGAGGUUUGUAUUUUCUACAUGUCUCUCUCACUCUUUAAUUCCUAUUUAUAUUUGUCUAUCUCUCUCUGUGAGAGACCUGGACUGACAGCAGGGAAUUGGUUUUGAAGUUGAUCUUUGAUUAAUUUCUUGCUUACAUGCAUGUACAGUAUACACACUUUCUUUCCAAAAAGUUUAUUAAAAUUGCUGUUCAAUUCCCUCUCAUGUGUCAUGAUUUCUGAUGGGCAAUUAGCAUAUAACCAACUGAGCCAAAAAACAAAUGAGUAUGCAGUAGCCUGAGGAAACAGCCGACAUUUGGCGCUCUGGUUUCCCCGCCAAAUGACGUCUGGGAAACGAAGGCAGAAAUUCCAUACUUAUGACACGUCAGAAGCACUGACCCAGAUCUAGGUAGUGACGCGUCAUCAGUAUGGAAUUUCUGUGCUGGUUUCUCAGACGUCAUUUGGCAGGGAAACCAGUAGUAGCGGCGCCAAAUGUCAGAUGUAUUCUCAGGCUAAAUGAGCAGGUGUGUAUUAGUAUUAUUUUGUGACUUAAUGAUAGCUAGGCUUGAACAUCGAUCAUGUUUCAUUCUUUUUACAAAAGAAAGGUUGGAUAAAUUUGUAUUAUCAUUGUGUCCCUUUUUUCUGUUGUUACAGGAUCAUUGGAACCAUAAAAUAUUGAAAAUAGCAGAUGUUACAUUUAGAAAAAUAAAGGAUUGUGGAAGGUAAGAACCUUUUGUUAAAUAUAUUGAGUGCAGAUAACUUUUUUUUAAAAUUAGCCAUAUAGCUGUGUUCAAACAGAUCCAGCCAGAGCAUCCAGCUUCAUGCAGCCUCAAUAAUAUGAAGUUGGACCUGAACUUUAGCAUGGUGCCAUUUAUUUCUUAGAAUUUUGCGUAAAGAAAUUUGAGUUUUUUUUUUUUGGUUAAUUUAUAAGAAGUGGAAGGGUUUGAAUAAUAUGGAUGAAACUGAACCACAACGCACAUACCCCUAGUGUCAGUCCAUGGAGCACUGUUAAAAUUGACUGUACGUCAGUGUGCAUUUGCUCUUUUAUUGUGCUAGAAGCACACGUUUGAAGUGACAGCAAUUUUAUAAAUAUAUAUUUUGUCAUUAAAAUUUUGCUUUGUUUUCUACUUUUAGGUGUUCUCAAACCCUUGUGGAUCCAGAGAAAGGAAUUAGAGAUGCAGGUCUUGAACCACUGAGGACCUUAAGAAAGUAA